AUCUGUUGGGCCGCUUGUUGCACUAGUCAUUGUUACCGCCAAAGCUGCUAAGUCGCUGGGCUGUCGGGCUGUGCUGCUGUGAGGGCCGAGACGAAGGGCCCGUGGUGGGAUCUCCCCCGUCUCGUCCUUGACCAUGAGCGACAACAUCCGUCCCCCUCACCUGCCUUAUCCUUCUCAAACUUCAUCUUCGUCAUCAGGAGUGCUGGACAACGAUUCCAAUUCUAGUGGUUUGGGCGCAUCGCUGCACCCACCACAACCGUUUGCCGGCCCCGGCCCCUAUGAACAGGUGUUUUCCGGCUUUUCUGAAAACUCAUCGGCUGGCUCACAGGGUCUGCAAUACGAUGCCUCUGGAAAGAUACGUAUAUCCAGGGUCACUUCAGCUGCCUGGACCACUAGUGGACGCGUGAGUCGAGCUUGCGAGAAUUGUCGUGAACAGAAGGCCAAAUGUAGCGGUCACCGCCCGACGUGUCAACGGUGCGAGGAGGCGGGCAUCCCCUGCUCCUACGGAGACAGGAAACGGGAGAAGGUGGCCAAGAAGAUCAACGACCUGACAAGCCAGCUCAGGGCAUAUCAUGGCUAUUUCCGGCGCCUGUUGCCCAAGCUGGACUCGGACACGGCGAGGCAAGCCCAGCAAUUUAUGUUUGAACAAACUUUUGAUGAUGAGGAUCUGUCUCUGGAGAUAACAGCGACGGUCACGGAUGGCGUUGCAGAACCUAGCGUGACCCCAGCCCUCUCUAUCGGAGCCCUGGACUGCAUUGAUGAGGACUUUGACCGACAAGCCAUGGGAUUUAUCGGUGAGCACUCCGAAAUUGCAUGGCUGUACAGAUUAAAGCGAUUCCUUCGGCGUUCGGACCCCGACACAGAAAACUCAAACGGUGACUCUAUUGCAUCCGUAAGCUUUUACUUGGAUGAUUCAGAGAUUCCUCUCGUCAAAGAUGUGGACCCUCUUCAACGGCCCCCUUUUGAAGUCGCGAAGCAGCUCCUGGACACCUACUUCAAAGUCGUGCAUGCAUCCUUUCCAAUCGUUCGCAAAUCCUUUAUCAUGAGACAAAAUACACUUUACUACAGUUCUCCUGUUGGGCCAGGCGUCGGGCCGGGAAGGAAGUGGCUUGCUAUGCUCAAUCUGAUCUUUGCGAUUGCCGCUAAAUACACCUAUCGCCUGUCCAUAAAUGCCGAAGGAUCUCUCGAUGACAGUGUUGUUUAUUUUGCACGAGCACAGAAACUCGGCAUAAUGGGAACGGUGCUGUUAGAACAUCCUGAUGCGCAACAGGUGCAGGUGGAAGGAUUAAUGUCCUUCUACCUCAUGUCCAUAGGACAGAUGAACAGAUCCUGGAAAGUUUGUGGCCACGCCAUCCGUUCGGCUGUAACACUGGGCUUUCACCUUCGAAACGGGAGUGAUAUCAGGAGCGUCAUGAAAGAAACAAAGUAUUAUGUCUGGUGGUCGCUUUACUUGCUCGAUUGCUCGCUAUGUGUUAUCACUGGUCGCCCGCCUAGUAUCAACGAUGAUUUCUGCUCAACCCCACUGCCGUUGCCGUUUACUGAAGAGGAGCUUGACGACAAGGAGCAAUUGGUCGCCCAACCUGAAGUUCGACACAAUCUCGUGAGAAGUCUCUGUUCGGAAAACCCACACAGUGCUGACGACACUGUUUCACCCGAAACCCUCGGCGUCCAGGCGCCCAAGGAUGGGAACAAGAGCGACCAGAAUGUGGCUGGGAUUGUCAGGUCCCUGCUCGCAAUGCCCAGUCCUGCGCUAUUUUUCUUAUACAUCGUCGACCUUGCCACUAUUAUGCAUGAAUCUGUUGAGGUUUUGUAUGCUCCGGGUGCUGCUCGCAAGUUAUUUCCCCCGACCUCAGGAACUAUUUCUAUGCUCAACCGCAGGGUGGAUGAUUGGCUUGCAAGGCUCCCAGCGGCGUUUCAUCCGUCACAGGGAAGCGAAGAAUUUGAGAGAGAACGAACAAAUUUGGCAUUUCACUUGUAUAGUGCCAAGAUGCUGAUAACGCAGCCUUGCUUAAAUCAACUCUCCCAAACAGUCGACGGGGAUGAGCAACUUCCGGGGACCCUUUGUGAAAUGAUGGCAGAGGUGUGCGUGGAGUCGGCAAAUCAAAUGCUCGAUCUUCUGCCUGAUUCCCCUGACCUUGAUUGGGUCCACCGGAUCUCCCCUUGGUGGUACCUAUUGCAUUACCUGAUGCAGUCAACUACGGUUUUACUUCAUGCAUUGUUGCUUCUUAGAAAGCCAGGAAGUGCCGAGUAUCACAAGGUACUUGAACGGGUUGAGAAGUCAAGUCGGUGGCUGGCGGAGAUGUCUUUGGAAGAUCCAUCUUCUAAACGAGCUUGGCUUGUGUGCCGAGAACUGAUUUCCGAGCAUGUCCCUGAACUCGAGUCGAGACCACUGCUGAUCAAGUCGGAACCGCUGCUGAUUUUAGAUCGAAACUGACCGAGCGACCCUAUCGUCGGCUUGGCUGCUACAAAAGUCCGCUCGUAAAGACCAACUUCGCCAGUAGCCACUAGCGCCGUCUCCAUCUUAGUGCGCCAUGACAAAACCGAUCGCUCUAGAAAGACUUCAUUCCCCACAUGGCACAUGCGCUGUUGGUCCUGCGGUUUCGGCA